GCCCCGCCGGAAGUGCGUCAUCGCCUACGCGCCGGAAGAAGCGGAGCCUUGCCCAGGCCUACCUGCCCGCUCGGUUUGCCGUCCCGCAAGAGGCUUCAGAUACAUUUAUCCAUCUUUCUAUGAAAAAGCUAAAAUGGCUUCUAGAGGAAAGACAGAAACAAGUAAAUUAAAACAGAACUUAGAAGAACAGUUGGACAGACUAAUGCAACAGUUACAAGAUCUGGAAGAAUGCAGAGAAGAGCUUGAAGCAGAUGAAUAUGAAGAAACCAAAAAAGAAACUUUGGAACAGCUGGGUGAAUUCAAUGAUUCGUUGAAGAAAAUUAUGUCUGGAAACAUGACUUUGGUAGAUGAACUUAGUGGGAUGCAACUGGCCAUUCAAGCAGCCAUCAGCCAGGCCUUUAAAACACCAGAAGUUAUCAGAUUGUUUGCAAAGAAACAACCUGGGCAACUGCGGACAAGAUUAGCAGAGAUGGACAGAGACCUAAUGGUUGGAAAACUGGAAAGAGAUGUGUACACCCAACAGAAGCUAGAGAUCCUGACUGCCCUGCGGAAACUUGGAGAAAAGCUGACUGCCGACGAUGAGGCCUUCCUGUCCACCAAUGCAGGUGCCGCCCUCAGCCAGUUUGAGAAAGUCUCUACUGAUCUUGGUUCUGGGGACAAAGUCCUUGCUUUGGCAAGUUUUGAAGUAGAAAAAAACAAAAAAUGAGGAGGAGCCAUGUAGAAUCCCUGGGCAUUGGUCACGGUACAUAUGGCACAUUUCUGUUUUCUACUGCGGAUCUAAAGUCAUCUCUGAGAACUCUAAGAGAACCUGGAACCACAUUACUGUCAUGGGAAAAAUGUAAUGGGCACCCUGUGGCCCCUGUGCUUCACUGUUUGUGGGCCUGGGGGACAAAGGCCACAUGGACGGGUGGAUAGAUGGUCAGUCUCAUUAAAAAACACACACACACCUUAUGCUAGAAGGGUCUGUGGAAGGAAGCAGAGAUGAGGAAGGAAGGCGCGUGUUCGCCAUUACUCUGAAUUUCUCUGUACAUCUCUGCUUGGGUUCCUUGUUGGCUUAGGCUGACGGUGAAUGGAGACUCCCAGUAACAGUAGCUUGCUUCCCUCUUCCAGUUGUCCCCUCUCCAUGCUGUAUUGGCUUACUGCUCUUUCCAUAUCCUUAGGGCUUCCUGGCUCAAGGGACCUCAGCGAGCUUGCCAACUCUUCCUAUUCCAGAGGAAGAAAAUGGAGAGCUAAAGGAGAGAAAUGAUUUAUUCAAAGUUAGUGGCAAUCAUGAUUAGAAUCCAGAUCUCCAGACUCUCAGCUUAUCUCUUCCUACUACACCAUUCUGCCUUCAGUGCCCUCUGGAAGUGAUAUCUAUAGUUAUAGAGUUUUACUCUAUACAAUUUAAAGAAAGUUUUGGAAGCCUGGUUUUUUUGAAAACUCUCCCAGCAAAGAACAGAGCAUCCCAGCAGCCUGUGUGCUCUCCAUAUGAAUGGAAGCCAUUGUAGUUCUGAAUUUUGAGCAGGGAACAAUGGGGGCUCUGUUGGUGGGAGCCUCCUGGAGUCACCGAGAACCUCCUGCAUUGUCUCACCAGGGAAUCAAUAGGCAAUGGCAUCGCAAGGACUGCCCUCGGUGACCUGUGGCUGUAACCCUGCGCCAGUCAACUGGGAGCUGCCCCUCCUUCCUUGGUUUUCCAGGACCAGCCUGAGCCCUAGGCCACAACAUGCCAAGCCCAUCUGGCCGUGUUGGUGUUGAGGUGUGUGCACAUGUGCUCACCUUUCUCGUCCCCUUGUCUGGUGCCAUUCUCAACUCUGUGUUUCCCCUACUUCGUUUUCUUUGCACAUCAUACAAAAUACCAACUGUCUGUGAAGCUUCUUAUGUCCUCUUUUGUUGAUGGAUAGGAGAAGUUAUGCCUUCUUCAGAACCAGUAGUACAAAUCACUGCUUUUUGGGGCUCCUGGUUUGUGGCUUCCAGCCCCACUUGCCCACACAGACACCCCACUCCCCAACCCUGAUGGACUUGUGGCUAGUGUGCAGAAGCACCUCCUCUUCACCAUCUCCUGCUUUUGUUCUUUCCCUUCCAGGGUCUUCCUCAACAGGCUGCUUUUUUAGCUGUUACUCUUGCAAGAAAAUGAAGAACAGAUUCUGUCCAACCCUCUUGGGUUUUUUGUUUUGUUUUAUUUUCAAACCAAGUCAUGACCUUCUAAGACAUAACUUGGCUUUAAUUAUUUUGAUCUCAGGUUUUAAUACAUGUAAUUUGAAGUUGAUUUUCCUUUCAAAUGACCUUGGUUAGACAGCUGAUUGAAGUGGCCAAGUUUGUGAUGUCCAAAGGAGCAAUAGGCCCCAAGGCCUGCCCUGCCUACCUCUUACAUGAGGUGAGAUCUUUACCACUGGCAGACUUCCUACGCAAAAUUGGUGGUGAGCACUCCUCAACGUCUGCCCAGUGUGGAAUAUAGUAGAAAAUUGAGAGAUGGUAUGUUGCUUAAUGUUUCUAUCCUUUGGGGAUGAGUGCUCCCCAAUAUUUGCCCAGGAAAUUGUUUCAGAGAUAGUAUAUUACUUAAUGGUUCUGUGCCAUGGGCUCUGCUGAGGAUCUGGUAUUCAUUAAAGGAGAGACCUUGAAAAGUAAAUGUCCUAUGCAAAUCAGUCAUUAAAUUAAUUUUCAAACUUAGGCAAUUUUCUGCUUGCUUGUAUGUGUCUAUCCAUGGGUAUGUCUCAGUCAUUUCUGGGGAAGGGGAGGUCAGAUUUCUUGUUUAAAAAAAACAACCAACUCCCUUUGAAAGUCUUAAGUGUGCCUAGAGCUUGGACGUGGCCUCCAACAUUGAAUCAGGACCCUCAGUGGUGCACUUCUAGGUAUCUCAGCUGAAGGAAGGCUUGCCCAUAUUAUUUCCCAAAUGAGCUGGAUUUUAAACCAAAUCCAAAAAACUUUAAGAUGAACAAAUCUCGGCCUUUUGUGUUUUACCAUUUUUUUUUAAACAACAUGACAUAAAAAGGUUUUGUCCUAGAGAGGUAAGCAGAGCCAGGGAAACAUUUGGGCAGUAGAGGCAGAGGUCAUGAUGAGAACAGGGUCAGAGGGUGGGGAACGAGCCCACCAAAAUUCAGGUUUCUUGCUGUUAUUGUUAGACCCUUUAGCUGAGGAUAUGCCACCAGGGAAGUCAUUCACCCUGAGACAAAAUACUGAGCAGCCCCAGCUCUGAAAGAGGAUCAUAAGGUGCCUGAUGCUGGAUCUGAAAUUAUUAUAGAGAAAAUUCCAAACCCCCCAGUCAUUCUGCCUGAAAUAUCAGCAAAACCUCCUUGUUACUCCCAUUAUUAUUGUUAUUAUUAUUAAAGCCUAAGAAUUCUCAUUUUCCAGCAUUAAUAUGUAAAUGUAAACUAUCAGUAUUCCCACAGACCUCCCAGACCAAGCUGUACAACAUAAUUGCUUCCAGUCUCUGGGGCCCUGGAAACAGGAGGUCUUGAGGCAUUGAAGAAAAAUAAAUAACUCAACAACUAGGAUUUCACAUUUCUCUUGAUUUGGAAAUAAACUUUUUAAAAAAUCGCAGUUGUCCUAACAGUUCCUAAAAUGAGACCUGCCUUAUUUCAUCAACAGUAAGAAAUUUGUCCCACUCAAACUCACAGAAAAUCGAGUAAGUGCACUCUUUAAAGGGCUAUCAACAUGAGGGACCUGAGGAGAAAUGCAUCCCCGAAAAGAAUAUAGGGGCUGCUGACCCAGGGGAGGGUGGAAAACUGUAAGCUUGUCCAACCCAACUUCCUCACCCUCUAUUGGUUUUUUCUGAUCCCUUCUUUUAUCAGACAGCUGUUUUCCUUUGAAAGUAAAAAUGGCAGGCCAAAAAACUGGAGAGAGGAGAGGAGGGUCUCCAGCCAACUGAAUGAGGAAUUAGAAGGAGAUCUGGUGCCUCCUGUAGCUUCCGAUAAGCCUUGUGAGACUUAACGGGCACAUACAACCCCAAAUUUGGAGGCCUCCCUCAGAAGCCCUUGGGAGUGCAGAAGCUUCACCACAAGUCAUGAUUUCAAUGACAACAGUCAAGUACAUCUUAAAUGGUUUGUUUCUCCAACUAUUUCUUAACCAACCAGCAUUUAUUAAAUAUCUGCUGUUUAUAAGGUGCCAUGGUUGGGCAUUGAAGAGGCAAACAAGAAAAAAUGUAAAUAAUCCCUUCUCUCAAGGAGCUUCUGUGGGAGAGGCAGUUUGCCAUGAUAGAGAUGCUGGCCUUGAAUUCAGGAAAGUCUGUGUUCAAAUUCUGUUUUUGAUGUUUGAAUUCACAGUGUAACUUGGGGCAGGUCACCUAUGAACCUGUUUUAUUCCUCUGUAAAACAGGAAUAAUAUCAUAGCUGUUGGGAGGCUUAAAUGAGAUAAUAUCUGGCAAGGAAUUGCCAAAUUUUAUAGUGUUAUAUUUGUGCUUGUCAGGUAUUGUGUCCACUGAGGAAUAAUAUAUAAAACUCUGGUUUAAAAAAAAAAAAAUUAGGGGUAGA